AUGAACGCGGACCAAAACACGUCAAUUUCCGCUGAGAGGGAUGUGAUGAUGAACGUUUUUGAGGAGCUUAGAGCAGCGAAGUUCUAUUUUCCGAGAGAAUGGGAGGUGCCCAGACGCGAACACGAUCCCUCAACGGAUUUUGAGGCACAACCGCAGCGGACUCAAGUCCAGGACACAGAUGAGGAUAUCUCGGCCGGCGCAGAUUAG